CCUCCAUUCCCCCCUCCUUUCUCUUUCUCUUCUUACUUAAUCAAUUCAAACGAAACAAUCAAUCCUCCAUAACACUCUGACUCCCUCCCUCUCUCUCUCUAGUCUCUCCCCCCACUCUUUCUCUCUCUUCUCUUCUUCUGGGGAAUACGGCCCGAUUUCUCCCCUUCCUCGCCUUUCCCCAUUAGCCCAAUUCCCAAUUCGACCACAAAAACCAGAAGAAAGAAUGGGAACCCAAGUCCUCUGUUUCCCCUGCAAAAAAACAUAACCAGUAAGUCUCUUUCUUUACUCUGCUCCAUAAGAGGGAAACCCGGAAAAUAAGCUCUUCCCCCCCAGCAAUUUCCAGAGACUUCUCCCUUCUCUACCGGAAUUCAUCUUCUGGAAAAACAGGGGAAAUCACGCAAAAAAGAAGAAGAAAAAUCCAUGGAGUGACUUCGAAGGAUAAUCAAAAGCUUUCUAACAAGAGACAAACGUCAGCUCACCUCUUUAAAACGCUGGCAAUCCUCAAUUAUUUUGGAGUGGCCUUUAUUAGGAGAGAAAGGGGAAAGAUCCAUUUGCCAAAGAGAGUGGUCGGAAGGCGGAAAAUUACCAUUUAAUCCCUCAAGUUAUCCCAAUAUGACGAAACACUCCUUAAACAUUUCCCUCCAAUUCCUCCUCAGUUCGAUUUUGAUCAUCUCUUCAAUUUUCCCGCCACCCACAACCGCCAUAACGGAAACGGAAGCUCUGUUGCAGUUCAAGUCUCAUCUCAAGGACCCCCUGAAUUUCCUUAGCUCAUGGAAGAAAGACUCCGAAUCUCGCUGCAACUUCACGGGCAUCACAUGCGAUCAGGUCUCCGGCCAGACUACAGGGAUCUCGUUCGAUGAUAAGGCACUCUCCGGCGAGAUUUCUCCGGUGAUCUCGACGCUCUCCGGCCUGAUAACCCUCUGGCUGCCGAGUAAUUCGAUCUCGGGGAAGAUUCCACCGGAGAUCGCCUGGCUGAAGAAUCUCCGGGUGCUGAAUUUGACAGGGAAUAAUCUGGUCGGCGAAAUCCCGGAUCUAUCUUUCCUCACGAAAUUGGAGGUUCUGGAUCUAUCACUCAACUUCUUCUCCGGCAGGAUUCCGGCGUGGGUGGGGAAUUUGACUUCCCUAAAAAUGCUGGCAUUGGGACAGAACAAGUACUUGAAAGGUGAAAUUCCGGCGAGCAUUGGCAAUUUGAAGAAUCUGACUUAUCUCUUUCUGGCGAAUUCUCAUCUAGUCGGUCCGAUCCCCGAUGCGAUUUUCGAGCUGGAAGCUCUGGGGACGCUGGAUCUAUCCCGGAACAAGAUCUCAGGCGAGUUCCCGAAAUCGAUCUCCAAGCUACGAAGCCUGUUUAAAAUCGAGCUUUUCGACAACUUGCUGACCGGAGAGAUACCGGAGGAGCUCGGAAACCUGACACAUUUAAAAGAGCUGGACAUCUCCGCCAACGAAUUACACGGCGAGAUUCCGGCGAGCCUUGCGAAACUGGACUUCACCGUGUUUCAAGCCUACGAGAAUCACUUUACUGGAGAAAUUCCAUCUGGAUUCGGAGAAAUGCGCAGCCUGAACGGAUUCUCCAUCUACAGAAACAACUUCACCGGGGAAUUCCCACCGGAUUUCGGCAGGUUCUCUCCUCUCAACAGCUUCGACAUCUCUGAGAAUCAAUUCUCCGGCAACUUCCCAGAGUUCUUGUGCGAAGGUCGGAACUUGCAGUACUUGCUGGCAUUGGAGAACAGCUUUUCCGGCGAGUUUCCUGAUUCCUAUUCCAAGUGCAAAUCACUUCAGAGAUUCCGAAUCAACAACAACAGAUUCUCAGGAAAGAUUCCCGACGGAAUCUGGGCGAUGCCAUUCGCUGUGAUUAUCGACUUCAGUGGCAACAACUUCACCGGCGGAAUCUCCCCUGAAAUCGGCCUCUCUUCCAACUUGAACCAGCUAAUCCUGUUCAACAACAAAUUCUCCGGCGACAUUCCAUCGGAAAUUGGGAAUCUAGCCAACCUCGAGAGGCUUUAUCUAAACAACAACAACUUCUCGGGUCCAAUUCCUUCAUCAAUCGGGAAGCUGAAACAGCUUUCAUCGCUCCAACUGGGGAAGAAUUCGCUCACAGGUUCUAUCCCGCCGGAGAUCGUACAAUGCACCAAACUAGUAGACAUGAAUCUCGCCGGCAACUCUCUCACCGGGCGAAUCCCAAACGGAUUCUCAAACCUCAUCACUCUCAACUCCUUCAACCUCUCCCGAAAUCAGCUCACCGGUCCGAUCCCCGACGAUCUCGGCUCCCUGAAGCUCAGCUUGCUCGACCUCUCCGAAAAUCAGCUGACAGGUGAAAUCCCACCCUCCCUCCUCUCCAUGGCAGGUGAAAAAUCUUUCGCCGAAAACAGAGCACUCUGCAUCGAGAAUUCCUUUGCGGGAAGUGGUUCGGCGAUGAUCAGCGUCUGUACAGGGAAAGAAAACAGAGGAGAAGGGAAGAGCUCUGGUUCAUUGAAGCUCGUAUUGUUCACCGCCGCUGCAGUCGCUCUAGUUCUCACUCUUGCCUGGCUUCUAUUCGCGAGCUACAUGAACUUCAAGCACGAAUUGGCCGAUUCGGAGCUCGGAUUAGAGAGAAACAAGAAGAAGGAAGAAGAAGAAGCAGAGGCGAAAUGGAACGUCUCGUCGUUUCACCAAGUCGAAAUCGAAGCCAACGAGAUCAGCAAUUUGGAAGAAGACAAUGUGAUCGGAAGUGGCGGUGCAGGGAAAGUCUACCGCUUGGAAUUGAACAAGAAGGGAAUCACAGUUGCAGUGAAGAAGCUGUGGAAAGGAGAUGGAUUGAAGUUCUUCACCGCCGAAAUGGAGAUCUUGGGGAGGAUUCGGCACCGGAAUGUGGUGAAGCUUUACGCUUGCUUGUUGAAGGGUGGAUGCAGCUACUUGGUUUACGAGUACAUGCCGAAUGGGAACUUGUUCGAGGCGAUUCAUCGGAGGAUCAAAGGCGGGAAGCUGCCGGAGCUGGAUUGGGUUCAUAGAUACAGAAUUGCUCUCGGAGCUGCGAAAGGGAUUUCCUAUCUACACCAUGAUUGCUCCCCUCCUGUUGUUCACAGAGAUAUCAAGUCGAGCAACGUGUUGCUCGACGAGGAUUACGAGGCGAAGAUCGCGGAUUUCGGUGUGGCGAAGCUCGCCGAGGUGACUCGUGAUCAGCAAGGGUGUGAUCAUAGCUGCUUUGCUGGUACUCAUGGCUACAUUGCUCCUGAGAUGGCCUAUUCGCUAAAAGUGACAGAAAAGAGCGAUGUGUAUAGUUUCGGAGUCGUGCUACUCGAGCUCGUGACGGGGAAGAAACCCAUCGAGGACGAUGACGAGCACGGGGAAGGCAAGGACAUUGUUUCGUGGGUAUCCAGUCAUCUCACCAACAACGAUAAUGUCGUCAGGAACGUUCUCGACGGUUCGGUGGCGGCCAAUGAAGUCGUACGAGACGACAUCCUACGAGUCCUGAAAAUCGCGCUCCUCUGCACCACGAAGCUGCCGAGCCUGCGGCCGACGAUGCGAGAAGUGGUGAGGUUGCUCGUGGAUGCUGAGCCCUUGUCUGCUGAUGUAGGUACUCAUCAUGUGGAAGAUGUAGGGAAUGGUUACUAUCACAAGCAUGUACUUAAAUAAAAUUCUUGGGUUUUUGAAAUUGGGUUUGGUAGUAGUUGUUUUAGUGGGUUACAUAAUUAGCGAUUCAAUUGUUAGAUAUGGGGAAAUGGUGUCCUGAAAAUAGUAAAAUUAGUGUUGAGGUCUUUUAAGAGGUUUCACUAAUAUUGUCAAAUUGAGGUAUCCUAUUGUUAGAAUAAUAAAUGUAUUUAUCUAUUUCAACUAUUAUCUUCCUCCAUCCCUCCAGCUAGCUCCCAACCCUCAUCAUCUUCUUUGCCCAUUUCUCAUCAAUGUAUCACUACUGUAGCCAUUUCUCGUUGUUGUAAUCUCCAUGUAUAUAAACCUUUGUAAUACAUGAAUACAAAUUAAGCUUUCCAACACAGCAAUCCCUUCUGUAAACUAACAAAGUUCUAGUAGCUUUAAAUUAUGA